AUGUCUAGUACAAAGUCAGGCAAAUCCGAGCUGAACUAUGAACGAGCAGAUCCUUUUAUUCUCGGUUCAUUUCCACUGAAUCAAGUUACGUCGCUAGCAACGGGGAUUGAUCCCAUUCAGUCGUUCAAGAUGCGUUUAUCAUUCAUAUCCCUCACUUUGGGGCUGCUCGCAAUACAGACACGUCUGAUACACGCGGGACCAUGUAAACCAUCACCAAUCACUUCUGCCGACGAAUCAUCGACCAUCAUACCCACUACCACAGCAGUCAACUCGGAUGACGGAAUGUCUGAAACUUCUGCUCUGAGCGGAGAGACUACUACGUCAGAUAUUUCCGGAGCCACAGGCAUCACCACCAUAGAUGAAUCAUAUGCCGAUUCUGCUACCAGUUCGGUAUCAAGCACGGUUACCCUCAUUGAAACAUCGAUCACUGCUAUUUCGACUGAGUUAUCAUCAACUGAGACCCUCAUUCAAUCACCAGCAACCACUAUUCUUCCCACAGAGUCAACCUCGACCGCACUCGCUUCAUCAACCACAACAUCGUUGGAGGCCCCGCUUGGAACAACUCUAAAUGUUAUUUUUGUUGACGAAGGCUACGAAAAGGAUGUCUGGCUUCCUGUGGAUGACUUCGGUACCUCUAUCACUAGUGAUGUGGACAAGGAGUCUUCUGGUGCCCUCUUUGGACUAGAGCCUGCAACCUCACGACUCUACGCGGUCCUCCCUAGUGGUGAAAAGCUUUAUGCGGCAUCCUGCACUCAAUGCAGUCGCGAUUCAUUUAAGUUCUUGAAUGAAGAACAGAGAGCAGCGGGUUAUUUUGUCUUUUUUGUUAAGUGUACAGAAGGCGACAACAGGUAUUUAAAUUGUGCACCUGAAGCGGAGGGUAACCCCUAUCCGCAUAUGUACUUUUACGAACUCGCCGGUUACUACAUGCACACUCGGUACUCUGACCGAAACGGCGGGACAGCAAUAGAAUUUAGACUUGGAUAG